AUGGCCCCUUCCGCAACUUCACCAGUUUCAGUCCUCGAGACAGAGGAUCAUGCCCGCGAUGCAGCCUUCAACAAAGCCCUCCAUGGCAAAUCAGCAGAGGCACGAGCUGGUUUGAUGGCUCUACGCAAGAAGGACCAACAGGCGCAGAAACUGGCGGUCGACGAGUAUUUCAAACAUUGGGAUAACAAGGCCGCCGCCACCGAGACGGAGGAAGAUCGCAAGCAACGAAGAGACGAAUACGCUACUCUGACCCGGCACUAUUACAAUCUAGCAACCGACCUCUAUGAAUAUGGCUGGGGCGCUUCCUUUCACUUCUGUCGCUUCGCUGUCGGAGAAGCCUUUCACAAGGCAAUUGCCCGUCACGAACAUUAUCUGGCAUUGAAGAUGAACUUGCAAGAAAAUUCUCGAGUCUUGGACGUGGGUUGUGGUGUUGGUGGGCCGGCCCGGGAGAUGAUCAGAUUCACCGGCGCCAACGUGGUCGGACUGAACAACAACGAUUAUCAGAUAGAACGAUCGCUGCGUUAUGCUGAAAAGGAGGGUCUUGCCGAUAAGUUCUCUGCCGUCAAAGGCGACUUUAUGCAGAUGUCGUUUCCGGCAAACAGCUUCGACGCAGUUUACGCCAUUGAGGCUACUGUGCAUGCUCCAAGUCUGCAGGGGGUUUACGAGCAGAUAUUCCGGGUGUUGAAGCCUGGCGGUGUGUUUGGAGUGUACGAAUGGCUCAUGACCGACAAUUAUGACAAUGACAAUCCACAGCACCGAGAAAUUCGACUUGGAAUCGAGCAGGGCGAUGGUAUCUCCAACAUGGUCAAAGUCUCCGAGGGAUUGGCUGCAAUCAAGGCGGCUGGCUUCGAGCUCGAAUACCACGAGGAUCUUGCUGAGAGACCUGAUGCCGUCCCCUGGUACUACCCGCUCGCGGGCGACUUCCGCUAUCUGGGUACUCUUGGUGAUUUGUUCACCAUCAGUCGGAUGACUUGGUGGGGACGAGGAUUGAUACACAAGUUGGUUGGAGUCGGAGAGAAGCUGAGAGUCAUUCCCCCCGGUACACAAAAGACUGCGGACAGUCUCGCCCUUGCUGCAGACUCUCUCGUGGCCGGAGGAAAGCAGAAGCUGUUCACUCCAAUGUACUUGAUUAUUGCCCGAAAGCCCGCCACAGCUUGA